GUGGGGGUGGCUUGUGAGGGCGCCGCGGCCGGGGUCGCGGCUGUGGUCGCGGCAGCUUCAUGGCGCGGGCGGUACCGGCCUCUGCAGGUGACGGAGGCGCAGCAAGGGCCGCCCCGGCUUAGAGAUGAGGAAACUGAGGCAUAGAGAUACGUAAUCAGAACCAGAUAAUACCUUAAGUGGUAGAACCAGGACAAAAAUUUGGGUAGUCUGGCUCCAGGGUCCAUACCCAACACGAUUCUGGCCCAUCAACAAGUUCCAAAAGAUGAGUCGUGGAUAUUCAGAAAACAACAAUUUCCUAAACAAUAACAACCAAAUGGUGUUGGACAUGAUCCUUUACCCAUUAAUUGGAAUCCACCAGACCAUCAACUGGGAAUCAGUGGCAAGGCUUGUGCCUGGAUUAACACCUAAAGAGUGUGCAAAGAGAUUUGAUGAACUGAAGAACAGUGGAAGCUCACCUGUGGACAACCACUAUAGUCCCCUCAUGGCUGCUGGAGAGAGUCCUGUUGAAACUUUAGCCACGUAUAUCAAAUCCUCGCUUCUUGGCACACAAAGAGAAUUUCAGGAGACUCCAGUUGGUCAGGAUGCAGUUUCUAAAACAGGAAGACAUAGUAUAGCUUCCACAAGGAAUUGUUCUUCAGAAAGUGAAAAUUGUACUACUCAUAAUGGUGGAGAAAAGACUGAAGAAUCUGAAGGGCCAAACAUGGUGAUCCAUGUAUGUGAUGAAGCAAAAAACUUGAAAGAAGAUUUUAUUUGCCCACGAGAUCUUUUGAUAUCAGAAAUGAAGUACUUUGCUGAAUAUUUAUCUGUGGACGCCCAGCGCUGGGAAGAGGUGGACAUUUCAGUUCAUUGUGACGUUCACAUUUUCAACUGGUUGAUAAAAUAUGUUAAAAGGAACACUAAGGAGAAUAAAGAUUGUGAGAUGCCCACUUUAGAGCCAGGAAAUGUCAUUUCAAUUCUUAUUUCUUCAGAAUUUUUGAAAAUGGAUUCAUUAGUUGAACAAUGUAUUCAGUAUUGCCACAAAAAUAUGAAUGCCAUAGUAGCUACCCCAUGCAACAUGAACUGUAUUAAUGCAAACCUUCUUACACGUAUAGCUGAUCUGUUCACACACAGUGAAGUUGAUGAUUUAAAGGACAAGAAAGAUAAGUUUAGGAGUAAACUUUUUUGUAAGAAGAUUGAGAGACUAUUUGAUCCUGAGUACUUGAAUCCAGAUUCUCAGAAUAAUGCAGCAACAUUAUACAGAUGCUGUUUGUGUAAGAAACUUUUAACAAAAGAAACAGAAAGAAGAAUUCCUUGCAUUCCUGGAAAAAUCAAUGUGGAUCAACACGGAAAUAUUAUCUACAUUCAUAUAAGAGAUAAGACUUGGGAUGUUCAUGAGUAUUUGAAUAGUCUUUUUGAAGAAUUAAAAUCUUGGAGAGAUGUAUAUUGGCGCUUGUGGGGAACAGUCAACUGGCUAACUUGUUCAAGAUGUUAUCAGGCUUUUCUGUGUAUAGAGUUUUCACAUUGUCAAUAUCACUCAGAAACAGUGAUUUAUCCUACUGCAGGAAGUUCGCUAAGUACUGUUGGCACUGGAAUCUAUCCCUGCUGUAACCAAAAGGUUCUUCGGUUUGACCCCACUCAGCUUACAAAGGGUUGUAAAGUGAAGGACCACAUGGUUGCUCUUCGUGAUCAAGGUGAAGGUGAAGAUUUGCUGUCCUGCCCAACUGCCAGAAUACUGGAUGAUCUGCAGAAACACAAAGAUGUCAUUCUUGUGCCUUUUGCUAAAGAUACAGUCAGUGAUUCUGGUGGUCCCUGUGAUGAAAAGGGUCUAGACUGUGAUGUUUUACUGGAGCCAAAUACACCAUGGGGCCCCAAGAGUGGGGAGCUCAAUGCUUUCUUAUCACUGAAAAACUGGACACUGCAGCUGAAACAACAGUCAUUAUUUUCAGAAGAAGAAGAAUAUACCACUGGGUCUGAGGUCACUGAAGAUGAAGUUGGAGAUGAAGAAGAAGUAUCCAAGAAACAAAGGAAAAAGGAGAAGCCAAAGAAAUUCACUAAACAACCAAAAAAGCAGAUGUCUUCACCCUGUGGUCAGAAGAAAGAAAAGGCAUUGGAGAAGUCAACUUCUAGAGAUGUGUCUCCUUUCAUUGUGAGUAUGCAGAAGAAUAAGUGGGAUGCCACAAGAUCCUUGAGAUUCAACCAAGAUGCGCAAAGAGAAGAUGAUCAACGGCGGAUGUCUGAAAUUACAGGGCACCUAAUAAAGAUGAGAUUGGGUGAUCUGGACCGAGUCAAGUCAAAGGAAGCAAAAGAAUUUGCAGGAGGUAUUUAUUCCAGGCUUGAAGCACAAAUCAAGGCCUCAGUGCCAGUCAAUGCACGGCAAAGCAGCUCAGAGAAAAACACAAGGUCUAAAAGUCGUUUUGGUCAAGGUCGGCCUGCGUAAAGCACCUUAAAAUAUUACUAAGAAGACAGAAGACUCACCUCUGGACAUUUGAAAUUGCUCAUCACUUCUUGAAGGUCUUCAGAACGAUGACUUCUAAAUGUUUUAAGUUAUUUAUUAAUUAUUCUUGCAAGCCACAUAAAUCGUAGUGCUAAGGGAAAUAUAUAGUU